AUGUGGGGCCGUGUCGCACGCUCUGCCCUGGGCCCAGCUGACACAGGGAAGCGCGAAACGAUCAGGUCAGGUCAGUCAGGUCAGGUCGGACGAGAGGAGGUGGAAGGGGAAGCAAGGAGAAAGCAACGAGGCGAGGAGGCUAGGCAAGGCAAGGUUGAAAAACUCGAGGGGCAGCUCGCUGUAAUCAGCAACACCCCCCCACCACACACCAAAACACACACUCACUCAAACAUGGCGACAACAGAGAAGGCCCAGCUGCGCGACCUCGAGAACGGCACCGGCACCGAGCACACCUCGGGCAAGGGCAACUCGUACGAGGUCGACGUCGGACCCGCCGCCGUCCACGAUGCCGUGUUCGGUGAUGUCGGCGAGGACGGUCCCAACUUCCGCGCCGUCGGCGUCAUGGGCUCGUUCAUCCUCAUGACCAAGGCCAACCUCGGUCUCGGUGUGCUCGCGCUGCCGUCCGUGUUCGGUGUCCUCGGUCUCGUGCCCGGUAUCCUCCUCAUCAUCCUCAUCCAGACCAUCAUUGCCUACUCUGCCACAGUCAUUGGAUCGUUCAAGCUCAACCACCCCGAGGUCUACUCGCUCGCCGACGCCGCCUACGUCUUUGGCGGCCGCGCCGGCAAGGAGACCUUCUACGUCGUGUUCACUCUUUUCAUGGUCUUCAUCAUCGGUUCCGCCCUGGUUGGUGUGUCCACCUCGCUCAACGCCGUCUCCACCCACGGCACCUGCACCGCCGUCUUCAUCGCCGUCGCCGCCAUUGCCGGCUGGCUCCUCGGCUCCAUCCGUACCCUCGGCAAGAUCUCGUGGAUCGGAUGGGCCGGUAUCGUCUCCAUCAUGUCCGCCAUCAUCACCCUCACUGUCGCCGUCGGCGUCCAGGAGCGCCCCUCGGAGGCUCCCCAGACCGGCCCCUGGGAGACUGGCGUCAAGGUCAUUGCCCACCCCACCUUCGCCUCGGCCAUGUCUGCCAUCAACGGCAUCGUCUUCUCGUACGGUGGCACCCCCAUGUACUUUGGCAUCGUCUCCGAGAUGCGUGACCCCCGCCAGUUCGUCAAGCCCAUGGUUCUGUCCAUCUUCUUCCUCACGGCCGUCUACCUCAUCAUCGGCUCGAUCGUCUACCACUUCUGUGGCCAGUACGUCGCCUCGCCCGCUCUUGGCUCGGCUGGUCCCCUCAUGAAGAAGGUCUGCUACGGCCUCGCCAUCCCCGGUCUCCUCGCCUCGCUCACCAUCUUCACUCACCUCUGCGGCAAGAACCUCUUCGUCCGCGUCCUCCACGGCUCGCCCCACCUCUCCAAGUCGACCCCCACCCACUGGAUCACUUGGCUCUCGUGCACCUUUGGCUCGGUCAUUAUUGGCUACAUCAUCGCCUCGGCCAUCCCCAUCUUCGGCUCGCUUAUCGGUUUCAUCGGUGCCCUCAUCUGCCCCAACGUCUGCAUUGUCCCCUACGUCUUCAUGUGGUACCACGACAACUGGCGCAUGGUUCCUGCUCACGAGCGCACUCAGCGCACCAAGAUCAUGGCGGGCGUCAACGCCCUCCUCCUCCUCUGCGGUGCCUUCCUCACCGUCGCUGGCACGUACGGUGCCGUCGUCGACCUCAUCAACACGACUGUUGACCAGAAGCCUUGGUCGUGCAAGGACAACUCGGGCUCGGUCAAGUCGUAAUAAUAGCAAGGAAAAGGGGGUUGGCGCGAGGCGCACCCUCACACCCGUGCGUUUGUACCAUAGGUCGCAUUGCGAAUGAAUCUAGUGGCCAG